AGUGGGGGGCGGGUUUCCCGGGCGCCUCCGGGCUCGAGUCACUUCCGGUGCCCUGACCUUUAUAGGAGUAAACAGACCCCCGCCUUCUCCGCCUCCCCUCCUGCCCAGGUGACCGACUAAUCCCCUGUCUUGAAGAGAAAGCGUUGGCCAGGGUUCCUUGGCUAGUUGGCAGGGUGGGGGUCAAGUAGGAGCUGCCUAGGGGGAGCUGCCUGGACUUGGGGUUCUUCGUCAAAACUUAGCAGCACUGCGGGUACCUCCAUCCCGUUUCUUCUCAAGUCACGAACUUGAAGGGAACCCCUUGGCAAUUCUUAUUUUUCUCUUGAGAGCAGACAGCCUUCAGCCCUAGCUGCCACGGCUGGCGUGUCUGACCCAGCUGUGGUUUUUCCAGGCCUGAAGGCCCCGGAGUGCGCCAGCGGCAUGUACAAAGACACCGUCUACUCCGCCUUCAAUCUGCUCAUGCACUACCCAGCCCCUUCGGGAGCAGGGCAGCAUCCCCAGCCGCAACCCCCGCUGCACAACAAGGCCAGUCAACCUGCCCAUGGCGUACCCCAACUCUCUCCUCUCUAUGAACAUUUCAGCAGCCCACACCCCACACCUGCACCGGCCGACAUCAACCAGAAGCAAGUUCACAGACCUCUGCAGACCUCUGACCUCUCUGGCUUCUACUCUCUGACCUCAGGCAGCAUGGGACAGCUCCCCCACACUGUGAGCUGGUUCACCCACCCAUCUCUGAUGCUAGGUUCUGGUGUACCUGGUCACCCAGCAGCCAUUCCCCACCCGGCCAUUGUACCCCCCUCAGGGAAGCAGGAACUGCAGCCCUAUGAUCGCAGCCUGAAGACGCAGGCAGAAUCCAAGGCAGAGAAGGAGGCCAAGAAACCAACCAUAAAGAAGCCACUCAACGCCUUCAUGCUGUACAUGAAGGAGAUGAGAGCCAAAGUCAUUGCAGAGUGCACACUCAAGGAGAGUGCUGCCAUCAACCAGAUCCUGGGCCGCAGGUGGCACGCACUGUCGCGGGAAGAGCAGGCCAAGUAUUACGAGCUUGCCCGCAAGGAGAGGCAGCUGCACAUGCAGCUAUACCCAGGCUGGUCGGCGCGGGACAACUACGGGAAGAAGAAGAGACGGUCCAGGGAAAAGCACCAAGAAUCCAACACAGAUAACUCUCUUCACUAUUCCUAGGAGGAAAAAGAAAUGCAUUCGGUACUUACCCGGAGAAGGCCGCUGCCCCAGCCCCGUUCCUUCCGAUGACAGUACUGUAGGCUGCUCCGGGUCCCCAGCCCCCCAGGACUCACCCUCAUACCUCCUGCUGCCCCACUUCCCCACAGCACUACUUGCUAGCCCUGCGGAGCCAGCACCUACAUCACCAGGUCUCUCUGCAGCUCUCAGUCUCCCAGCCCCCUGGGCCCCCACAGGCCCCCAGCAGUGCCCUGCAGAGUACACAGGUACAGCAACAGGAAUUUCAGAGACAGGCAGUCUAGCAUGCACAGGACACCUGGCCUCCUCCAGGGACC